CGUACUCCGUCUAGUUCUGAAUUCGAAAUCCGAAAAACCAUUAUACUCUAUGAUGAUCUCCUACCAAAAUCAAACUUCUUUCCGUACAUAUCAUGAAUAAACCAGACUCCAUGGUCGAGAUUGAGAAACAAUAUCGGUGCAUUAUGGGCAGCGAAAACCAAGUUUUUGAGCAGGCGCUGGUCAUGUUCCCGGACGAGACGUCAGACCGCUGGCAGAAGGUCGCCGAUCAUGUGAACGGAAGGCAGCUGGACCGCUGCCAGGUCUCCGAUCCUGAGAAAGGAAGGGAGCCGUGUCAGUUGAAUCUGCAGGUUCUGUGGCCGCCGAUGACGUCACGGUCUACGGUUAGGCUUGGUCGGCCUCCGACGAUGUUUGAGACCAUAACUCCGGGCCGCGAGGUUCAGAUGAAGAAGCAAAAGUUGGAGGUCGUCACAGGGGAGCUGAAUGCCCAAUUUGAGAGAUUGUUUUCAAUGAGGGGGAGUACACCAAGCUAUACCACCAAUAGAGAUGAUAUCGAUGAAUUUUCUUCCAAAACUUCCCAAAUCAACAUUACCUCCAUGGAAUGAAGAAUAAAAUACAACAUUUUAACUUUAUAUUUGUCACUCUUUUUCUUCCAUUAUUGCUAUUGGACUAUUUCUACAUUGGGUAGUA